AUGACCCCUUCGAUUGAAGUCUUCCAAGAUGAACCAAUUUUCGAAUCCUCCCUCAAAACCUCUGUUGUUGCGGAAAUCUCCUCCUCCUCCUCCUCCUCCAAAGACCAAUUGGCCAGGGAGUUGAUUAACAGAGCCUUGGUCAAUCACAUUUCUGGUAUUGACCACGAGGAAUGUGAAGCAGGUGACGAAGACUCGUUUUUUGUCUGUGAUUUGGGUGAAGUCUACCGUUCUUUUGGUGUCUGGCAGCAAAAGUUGCCCCAGGUCCAGCCUCACUAUGCCGUAAAGUGCAACACCAAUUUGGAGGUGAUCAAGUUGUUGGCUUCUUUGGGAGUCAACUUCGAUUGUGCUUCUAAGAACGAGAUCGAUACGAUCUUGAACUUGGGGAUCAGCCCAGACAGAAUUGUCUAUGCUAAUCCUUGCAAGACUAAUUCCUUUAUUAGACAUGCUUCCAAGGCAAAUGUCAACUUGACUACAGUUGACAAUGCCCAGGAAUUGCACAAGUUGAAAAAAUUUCACCCAGAUUGUGGGAUUUUGAUCAGACUCGCCACGGAUGAUGAAACGGCUCAAUGUCGUUUGUCAACGAAGUUCGGUUGCACCUUAAGUGCUGCUAUUAACGAGCUUUUACCAUUGGCAAAGGAGUUAGGUUUGAACGUUAGAGGAGUCGCAUUCCAUGUUGGUUCUGGUGCCAAGGACUUCGACUCUAUCUACAAAGCCAUUAGGGAUUCGCGUGAUGUUUUUAACAGGGCCAUCACGGAAUAUGGUUUCGAAAUGUCCAUCUUGGAUAUCGGUGGUGGAUUUGAGUUGGAGACGUUUGAUGAAUCGUCUUCUAUGGUUUGUUCUUCGUUGAACAAGUUCUUCCCAGCAGAUUUUGUCUCCCAAAACGGAAUCAAGUUUAUUGCUGAGCCAGGAAGAUUCAUGGUAUCCAACGCUUUCACCUUAGCAGCCCAUAUCAUUGCCCGUAGAGAUUUGGAUUUAAAAGCUACUUUUGUAUCUGAAGAGGACAAGCAAGUUUCUGCCAUGGUUUACAUCAACGACGGUGUUUACGGUAACAUGAACUGCAUCUUGUUUGACCACCAGAACCCACAGGCACAUGUGUUGCAGCACAAGAACAAGUUUUUCUAUCAUCAAGACGAAGAGAGUGAUGAUCAGAAAUUAAUCGACGAUGAUGCUAAGGGUGAGCAUCACUUUUCGAUUUGGGGACCAACUUGUGACGGGUUAGACUGUGUUGCUAGCAAGUGCACCUUGUCUCACGACGUAGAAGUCGGUGACUGGUUGUACUUUCCAAACCUAGGAGCCUACACCUCAGCUGCUACCACUGCCUUCAACGGGUUGGGUGGUAACUCACACAUUAUCUACGUUUGUUCUGAGGAUCUCUGAUCCGAAAGUCAUAUAUGCCAUAUAUAUUGCAG